AUGUUUAGCGUUUACGGAGGAAAUAUCGCACAAAAAUGCGCACAAAAAUACGCACAAAGAUACGUACAAAGAUACGCACAAAUAAGAUCACUUCAUAACAUGAAUGGAAAUGUCGUAAAAGAAUCUAUUUUAAGUUCUUUUUGGUCAUCAUUUGCUAUUGGUUCAAUUGGUUUUGCCGCGUUUCAACUGGUUGGAUUGAUGCGUGAGGAACUUAAAGAAGAGAUUAAUCCACUUGGUACAAAGGUUGACAAGCUUGACAAAGUCAACACAUCCGAUGAAUUCGAUAAUUUAUAUUUGGAUAUGAAUGGUAUUAUUCAUAUUUGUUGUAAUCAAGAUAAAGGGCUUUCUCCAGCUACAGAAGAAGAGAUGAUGAUGAAAAUAUGUCAUCAUACUCAACAGAUAUUUGCCAUGAUUCGCCCUCAAAAAGUUUUAUUUAUUGCUAUUGAUGGAGUAGCUCCACGUGCUAAAAUGAAUCAACAGAGAUCUCGUAGAUUUAGAAGUGCAAAAGAAGCACAAGAAGCAGCUGGAUCUCGAGAUGUAGAAAAGAAAUCAUUUGAUAGUAAUUGUAUAACGCCAGGUACGCUUUUUAUGGCACGUGUUGCAGUAUCCUUACGAAAUUGGAUCGCAUUUAAAAUUAACACGGAUCCAGGAUGGAGAAAUUUAAAGGUCAUAUUAUCUGACGCGAGUGUACCAGGUGAAGGUGAACAUAAAAUUAUGAAUUUUGUUCGUGUACAACGUGCUAGUAAUCCUAAUACUCGUCACGUCUUAUAUGGCUCGGAUUCUGAUCUCAUAUUUCUUGCGUUGGCUACACAUGAACCUCAUUUUAAAGUGCUACGAGAAGAUCAAAAAAGUAUUUAUGAAAAUGUUAUUGAUAUUAUAAAUGUUCAAGUUUUUCGAGAAUGUUUGAGAAGGGAACUUGAAGUAUCCAACUUGCCCUGGUCAUUUAAUUUGAAAAAUGCGAUCGAUGAUUGGGUCUUUCUUAGCUUUUUCGUAGGUAAUGAUUUUCUUCCCCAUAUUCCGUUUUUGGAUAUCAAGGAAAAUGCGAUAGACACCUUGAUUACUAUAUGGAAAAGAUGUCUUCCAUUAAUGGGUGGUUAUUUGACGGAUCGUGGAACUUUGAAUUUAAAAAGGUUGCAACAUUUUGUUACAGAACUUGACAACGAAGAUAAAAACGCGUUUAUUCAAUGGUAUCAAAAAGCACGAGACUUAUCAAAGAAUACAGAUGAUUAUAACGAUAUUACUAGAAGAUACUAUAUCCAAAAAUUUGAAGUUACUAAUCCAGAUGAAGAAUUUCGUAAAAAAAUUGUAAAAAAUUAUAUUGAAGGCCUCUGUUGGAUUCUGGAAUAUUAUUGUCGGGGAGUUCCAUCUUGGACAUGGUAUUAUCCUUACGGUUACUCUCCAUAUGCAUCAGACUUGAUAAAUAUUGGUGACAUUAUACCUGAAUUCAAAUUAGGUGAUCCCUUUAAACCACUCGAGCAAUUAAUGUUUGUGUUACCGCCAUAUAGUGCAAUAAAAAGAUAUUAUCCUGAAUCAUUCGAAAUUGAUUUAAACGGGAAAAUACAACCAUGGCAAGGAGUUGUUCUGCUUCCAUUCAUCGAUGAAUCAUUAUUACUUCAAACCAUGAAAUUGGUAUCUUCUCAAUUAACUUCCGAUGAUAUUAGAAGAAACUCUCAUGGUUCUGAUAUUCUUUUCUUUAGCAAUCAGCAUGAAUUAUAUAAUAAAUUAUUUUCUUUAUAUUCAGGAAGGAAUCCAGUAGAGGUACCAUUAGAUCCAAUUAAAGACAAAAUGAUUGGAUUUGUUACAAGAAAUCCUAAUUUUAUUUCUUUUGGCGGAUUGAGGAUCUUCAUGAAUGGAUUAGAUGUGGUAGAGGGUAGAAAUUUUCUCACAAUGUUGAUACGCUUAAUGAUAUGCAUUUACCAAAUUGCCCCUAUUCACGAUAGAAUUAUAUUGUUUAUUAUACAACAAAUCAUUCCCUGA